AUGCAUAAUCAUCCAACAAAUGAUGAUCAUGAUUCAGAGUCAUCUCGACGAGAUGAUCAUAAUGAAUCAUCAUCUUCGUCAGAGUAUGAUUCCAAUCAAUCUUCUUCAGAUGAAGAUUCUUCUUCUAGUGAAGAAGAAGAAAAAUUAAUGUUAAAACCUAUAUUUGUAUCUAAAUCAAAACGACAAUCACAAGAUCAACUCACACCGACCACAAAUAGUAAAGAUAUAACCAUAUCAAAAUUAGAUAAUCUAACUCAAGAUGAUAAACUCGAUGUAUCUAAUCUUAAUGAUGAUAAUAAUUUCGAUGGUAUAGAUGAUACAGAUGAUAUUGAUCCUGAACAAGAGUAUAAUGCAUGGAAACAACGAGAAUUAAAUCGAUAUAAUCGGGAUCAAUUAAUCCUUCAACAACAAGAUUCAACCAAAGAUGAUCAAUUAAGACGAAGUCAAUUGAAUGAAACUCAACUCAUUAAAGAAUUCAAUAAUAGGAAAAUACAACCUAAUGAUGAAAGUAUCAAUACUACGAAAUCAAAUGAUAAGUAUCAUAAAGGGGCAUUUUAUCAUGAUAAUGAUGAUAUUCAACAGAAAUUCUUAAAACGGAAUUAUUCACCUAAUGACAAUGAUAAUGAUGAUAAUGAUAAUGGGAAAGAUCAUUCAAGACCGACAAAGUUAAAAUUUAAAAAGAUUGUUUAG